UCCGGACGUAAUUCGGAGUGGCACACCAUGUGUUUAAUGACCGGACACUUGCUCAAUGUGAGAAGACGGUAACAUGUCCAAAGCAGGAAGAUGUGUGUUUAGUAAUUUACUACGCUACUCUUUAAGUCCUGGACAAUCCAAGCCGGUCAUUUUGAGGCCAUGCACUUCGCGAUCGUUGUCUCUCACUUCACAGCUCUGCGCCAAGCCCCGUCAAUCUCCAGGCUCCAGAGAUGGCAAGGAGAGUCUCUCUCAACCUAUCAAGUUCUCCACGAGUAAAGCCAGCCACCGGACGUGGAAGGUGGAGCGCUCGAUGGGCAGCAGGUUCCAGCGGCCGUGGUGGCAGGUCCUGCCCUUCAGCGUCUUCACCAUCGGCUUCCUGCUGUGGUGCAUCUUCCGCCAGGAGUCCGACAUCGACCGCAUUCUGGAAAAGCAGCUGUUUGAACACUUACCCGGGUUACUGACCAAUAUGGAGGAGGAGGAGGAGGAGGAGACAGAGGAACGCAAAAAAGAACCUGAUGAUGGUUCAAAAUGAACAUGUAUUAUUAUUAUUAUUAUUAUUAUUAUUAUUCGGAUGUGUAUUUUAUAUAUAUUAUGAUUGUCAUUGCUGCGACAUCUUGGUCAUGAGAUUGUGGAAAUAAAUACAGGUCUGUCCUGAUGAGCUCUCUGUUUAAAGAAAAUAGUGAAGCCAAAAUACACCAACCAAGACAGUUUUGUACCAGAUGAAGCUGAAAGUAAUGGAACCUUACAACUACCACGGUGCAAGCUAAAGGUCUUCAUUACACACUCACGGAAAAAGGUGGCGAGUUGUUCAGUACGUGGUUUCUGACACUGUAUGAAAUGCUGUUAUCUGUAAAAAUAGACAAAUGGACCUCACAGAGCUAAAAGAACCAGCCAUAGGUCCAUCUUAAAGACAAGUCCGGUAGGAGGCGUGGCCUAAAGUUUUAAAGAUGUACCUGUACGUUAGGAAUAAUUCAGAUGACAAUAAUUCCAAUUCGAUUUUUAAGGGCAUGUUCUAUAUUAAUGCACUUGUUCUAAUAUAUUAUUAUUUCUAUGGUAACAAAUCAUUCAGAGAUUUUAUUUUAAAAAGUGUCACUGUUUAACAAAAAAAAAAGUAUAAUCAUUGCUAUGGUGCAGUUUUCUGUAAGGAGAUGUUUUCUCUUUUGAAUCUGGUUCCUCUCAAGGUAUCUUCCUCAUGACUUCUCAGGGAGUUUUUCCUUGCCACUGUUGCCUCUGGCUUGCGCAUUAAAGAUAAAUCAGAAGUUAAAUCUA